GAUUUUCCCAUGAAUCCCCUGUGACAUCCGCCCGGAAAAGUGUCCAGGAGUGCGGUGUGGCAAGUGCUAGACGCGUUGCUGGUGGAAAAGUGCCGUGAAACGCGCUUCAUGUGCUUGUAGUGAGGCUUGGAAGUUGAGGGAGUGCGCAGGAAACAAUGGCCAGGGAUUAUGAUCAUCUCUUCAAGCUCCUCAUCAUUGGAGACAGUGGCGUUGGCAAGUCGUCGCUGCUCAUCAGGUUCUCGGACAACACCUUCACGGGCAGCUACAUCACCACGAUCGGCGUGGACUUCAAGAUCCGCACCGUGGUGAUCAAUGGGCAGCGCGUGAAGCUCCAGAUCUGGGACACGGCCGGUCAGGAGAGGUUCAGAACCAUCACGAGCACGUACUACAGAGGAACGCACGGAGUCAUAAUAGUUUAUGACGUGACGAACGGCGAGUCGUUCGCCAACGUGAAGCGUUGGCUGCAGGAGAUCGAGCAGAACUGUGAUGUGGUGAACAAAGUGUUGGUGGGGAACAAGAAUGACUUCCCGGAGCGGAAGGUCGUGGUGACUGAGGACGCGCAGCGCUUCGCUCGUCAGAUGGACAUUCAGCUGUUUGAGACGUCGGCCAAAGACAACGUGAACGUGGAGGAGAUGUUCUUCGCCAUCACGGAAAAGGUUCUCAAGCACAAACUCAGUCAGAAUGCACAGAAUGCGCAAAUUGCCAAUGACACGGUGAAAUUGAAAACGCAUAUUAAGAAAAAGUCCAAGUGUUGCUAAUAGACAAAAUGAAGAAAAAAGAGUCAACACGAAAACCAGCAAAAGUAUAAUAAUAAUGAAGGGAAAAUAGAGAGAGAGAGAGAGAACAUUUAAUUAUAAAUACACCCGAGAAAUAAUAAACAUUUUCUUCUCUUGUGAGAAGUCCUUAAAGACACACGCGAAGGGAGAGAAAGAGAGUGAAGAGAAAUGACGUUGAAACCAUUCCAAAUCGUCUGCUUGUGUUGUUAUUGUUGUUGUUUUUUUUCCAAUGAAAUUCAAUACAAUUUGGACGUUUUGUAGUAAAUAAAAAUUUCUUAGUGAACAGAGAAGAAGAAAAAACUGAUCAAAGAAGAAAAAGGGGAAAAAGCCAGACUUUUCGUGGUUGGAAAAUCAUUGCUUUUUCAGCCCAUAAAUUCGUCUUUCUCUCUUUCUCUGUCAUCGCGCGCGCUCUUGAAGAACAACACAACAGACAAACGAGUGUUAAAACUGGAGAAAAGAAUGAAAAGAAUGUGAAGAAAAGCCAAAUAAGUCAAAAAAAAAAAUAAGGGAGGAAAAAACACACAGAGAGAAUUGAUGAGAAGAGAGAACUAUUUUUGAGGGGUUUUUUUUUUUAGCAAUAUAAACUCGCAUCCACAAGAUAUUAUCCAACUAAUCAAUAUCGUGAAUUACUGUGUAAAUACAUUGAGGAACUUUUGAAUAAGGCGUGCACUGAGUGUGUGAGUCGAGGGCGAGAGAAUAUCGCAUCAUAAUCCAUCUUUUUUUCUCUUCUAAGUGUGUGAAAGGCGAAGUGAAAAAAGUCCAUAUCAGCGAAUGUUGCGAAUGAUUGAGCGCUUGUGGGCAGACAUAGAAAUGUGUAAUCACUAUACUUUAACUGUAACAGCCACGAAAACCUAAUAACACAGUGGAAAAUUGUAAAUAUAGGUGAGUUUUCAAGGUGUUUCGGAGACACACAGAAGAGUGUCAAUUCCACAUCAAUUUACUGUCAAUUGAAUCUUGCAUAAUUGAGUGGAGAAAAUUGCUUUUAAGCUGUUUUAAUGGAAUUGUGGAUGUAAUAAAUCACUAAAAAGUGAUUUUUAUGAUCAAAAUCAUCGUAAUAACUCAAAGAAUUGCAUUUCUUACUGAAUUUUCUGACGUUUUAUGACUGAUUUUGACAGAAUUAUUCUUUUUGACUGAAUAUCUUGUAUUCUGACACACAAAUUGAGAAUUGCCAUUGAAAAAUUCAUUGAAUUUGACAUGAAAAGUCAGAAUUGAACAACAUUUUAUCAUUUAAUCACAUUUUCCAGCAAGAAGAAACAGUGAACAUAACCUCAAAGUUGAAUUUUAUACUUUUGUCGUGAUUUUUGUGAACAAAUUAAAACAAAUCAAUUUAAAAACCUUUUUAAAAACUAAUUCUUGUGAUUCUUACUCACUUUUCAACGAAGAACUGAAGUUUGACGUUGAUUUGAGUGGAAUUUUAGCCUUUUUAACCUUAAAAAAAGCAAUAUUUAUAAUAUUUACACGAUAAAAACUGUAAAGAAUGAGAAUUUUUCCAUAAUUUCACUGCAAGAAACGCUUUCAAUUCAAAUGUCACAAAUUUCCUCUAACUUUCCAACUGCAUAUGUGUUUGUCGUGUUUGUAAACAAACGCCGUGCGCCUCCGGAAACACCUUGGAAAUUCACUAAAAUUGCUCAACUAUGGAAUAUUCACAUGCUUUAUUUCAUUUUCCACCUUUUGCUCUCGAAAGUGAACAGAAAAAAAAAUGAGAAGGUCGAGUUGUCUCGUCGGCAGAACGAAAGAGCAACGCUAGAAAAAAUCAUCGAUUUAGAACCACUGUUUUUUUGCAAUUUGCUUUCCUCUGGAAUGUUUUCUAUAUAGUGAAAUUGAGUUAGAGAAAAACAUACACGAAAAAAAUGACGGUUUCAUGAAUUUUUACUGUGAGAAUCUGUGUAUCUUCCAAAAUAAGAAGAAAGGGAAUUGAAAAGGACUUCCAGUGACUUGAGUUUGUAGCAGAGAAAAAAAAACUUAGCCAAAAUAUUAGUGAGAAAAUCAUUUUUUGUUUGUUUUUUUAAUCAAAUUUUUAUGCAAUAUUUGCCAGCAUGAUUUUGUGUCGUCGCAUAAUUAGUUAGAGCUAUUUGAAUUGGGUUCAUUUUUCGCCGUGUAGAUUUGCAAAUCUUCAAAGAAAAUAGA